AUGAGAAGUAAAGUUACGUCCCUCCUCCGGUCGAGGACCCGAGCCUGGGCCUGGCACUGCCAGGACCGAGCCCUGCCCUUCGCGAGGGAUGGCGUCGCCUCUGUGGGGUGCCUGGCCAUGGCUGGCCUGCCAGCAGUGAAGGGUACUCAUGCCUACCACUCGGCCCCAUCGACUGGCGCAGCAGCCCAGGCCGAGCGAGUGGCGGAGCCCUCGGUACCCCUGACGAGGACGGACGCCUACGGCGCCAUCUCUGUCGUGGAGGAGGAGAACGUCGACUUCGUUCCCACCAAGUAUGAGAACAUCGACGGACGGCGCAUCGACGACGGGCGGUACACCGCCUUCGCAGAUGAGAUCAGCGCCUUCAUCCCCAAGUCCCGCCAGUACACCGACCCCGUGAGGACUUUUGCCUACGGGACGGAUGCCAGUUUCUACCGCCUAAACCCCAAGAUGGUCAUCAAGGUGCAUUCUGAGGAGGAGAUACGGCGCCUGCUGCCCGUCGCCAAGAAGCACGGCGUUCCGGUGACCUUCAGAGCGGCGGGGACCUCUCUUUCCGGCCAGGCGCUGACUGACAGCGUGCUGCUGAAGAUCAGCCACGUGGGCAAGAACUUUCGGAGCUUCAAAGUGCACGGGGAUGGCUCCUCCAUCACGCUCCAGCCGGGGCUGAUCGGGGGUGAGGUGAACCGCAUCCUGGCCGCCUACAAGCAGAAGGGGGGCCAUCCCAUCCAAUACAAGAUCGGCCCCGACCCCUCCUCCAUCGACAGCUGCAUGAUCGGCGGCAUCCUGAACAACAACUCCUCCGGUAUGUGCUGUGGCGUGUCCCAGAACACGUACAACACGCUCAAGGACAUCCGUCUGGUGCUGGCCGACGGUACCGUGCUGGACACCGGGGACGAAGCCAGCCGCGCUGCGUUCCUCGAGUCGCACGCCGACCUGGUCAAGGGGCUCCAGGCGCUGGUGAAGAGGGUGCAGUCUGAUCGCCUGCUGGUCAGCCUCAUCCGCCGCAAGUUUGCGAUCAAGUGCACUACUGGCUACUCUUUGAAUGCCCUGGUUGACUUCCCUGUGGACGACCCCAUCGAGAUCAUCAAGCGCCUCAUGGUCGGCAGUGAGGGCACCCUGAGCUUUGUCUCCCAGGCCACCUACAAUACCGCCAGCGCCUUCCUCAUGUUCCCCACCAUCGAGGCAGCAUGCGUGGCGGCGGCGGUCCUGCGCCGCGAGACGGCGGUGGACGCGGUGGAGCUCUUCGACCGCCCCUCCAUCCGCGAGUUCGAGUGCAACGAGGCGGUGGCCAAGCUGACGCCCGACAUCCUGGGCGCCGAUGGUGGCGCCGCCGCGCUGCUGGUGGAGUGCCGGGGGCAGACGCACGACGCGCUGCACGCCCGCAUCCGCGAGAUCCAGUGUGCGCUGAAGCGCGCGGAGCUGCCCUUUGGCGCCAAGGCCGACGCGCCCAUGCAGGUCACCGACUACGAGUUCUGGGAGGACCCGGCCAAGUACAACGUCUACUGGGAUGUGCGCAAGGGGCUCAUCCCCAUCGUGGGCGGCGCAAGAGAGCCGGGCACCACCAUGCUGCUGGAGGACGUGGCCUGCCCUGUGGACAACCUGGCGGCCAUGACGCGCGACCUGAUAGACAUGUUCCAGCGCUGGGGCUACGACGACGCCUACACCUUUGGGCACGCGCUGGAGGGCAACCUGCACCUCGUCUUUUCGCAGGGUUUCCGCACGCCCGAGGAGGUCCAGCGCUUCUCGGACCUGAUGGACGAGAUGUGCGACAUCGUGGCCAACAAGCACAGCGGCAGCCUGAAGGGGGAGCAUGGCACCGGGCGCAACAUGGCGCCCUACGUGGAGAUGGAGUGGGGCACCAAGGCCACGGAGCUCAUGUGGGAGCUGAAGGCCCUGUUUGAUCCCGACAACAUCCUGAACCCAGGCGUCAUCCUGAACAAGGACCCUCACAUCCACCUGAAGAACCUGAAGCCCUCCCCGCCGGUGAACCCUCUGGUCAAUCACUGCAUCGAGUGCGGCUUCUGCGAGUCCAACUGCCCCAGCCGCGACCUGACGCUGACGCCCCGCCAGCGCAUUGCUGUCUGGAAGGAGAUCUUCAGGCUGGAGAACCUGGAGCUGCUGACCGACGAGCAGACGCACCGUCUGAAGGAGAUGAAGACCAUCUACGAGUACGACGGCAAGGACACCUGCGCCGCCGACGGCAUGUGCAAGGAGAAGUGCCCCGUGAAGAUCAACACCGGGGCGCUGAUCAAGGAGAUCCGGGCGCACGAGAUGCAGGAUGAGCACCCGCGCUACGAUGCCGUUGCUGGGGUGCUGGCGCGGCGGUUUGGGUCCCUGGCCUGGACGAUGCGGCAGGUGCUGGGCCUGGCUGACGUGGCGCACGGCGUGCUCGGUCCCUCUUUCCUCCAGAGCGUCACAGGCCUGCUGAACCGGUGGUCGGGGCGGCUCGUGCCCGAAUGGAACCCCUACAUGCCCAAGCGCGCGGCCAACGUGGACAUGUCCCCCGCCCAGCCUGAGCAGCUGGUCACCGACCGUGGCAUCCCCCGCAAGGUGGUCUACCUGCCCGCCUGCGUGACGCGGAUCAUGGGUCCGGCGCGCGGCGACGACCAGCAGGACUCUGUGCACGAGAAGAUGCUGUCUCUGUUCAACAAGGCCGACUACGAGGUGGUGUACCCCGAGGGCUUCUCUGGCAGCUGCUGCGGCAUGAUGUUCAACACCCGUGGCUUCAACCAUGUGGCUGAUGGCCUGGCCAACGACCUUGAGGAGUCGCUCGUGAAGGCUUCUGAGGGCGGCAAGUACCCGAUUGUUGUGGACACCUCCCCCUGCCUUGCCAACAUCAAGGGCCACCUGAAGAACAAGGAUCUGAGGUUUGCACUGUACGAGCCUGUGGAAUUCAUCUCCACCUUCCUCACCGACAAGCUGGAGUGGGAGCAGGUCAGGGAGAAGGUGGCCAUCCACGUCCCCUGCUCCAGCAAGCAGAUGGGGGUCUCCUCCCACUUCGCCAAGGUGGCAUCCAAGUGCGCCGGCAGUGUCGUGGACUCCAACAUCCCGUGCUGCGGCAUGGCCGGCGACCGCGGGAUGCGGCUGCCGGAGCUGACUGGCUCCUCCCUGCAGCACCUGGGUGUGGACGGCUGCUCCGACGGCUACUCCACCAGCCGCACCUGCGAGAUCGCGCUGAGCAAGCAGGCCGGCUUCAAUUUCAGGGGACUGGUGUACCUCGUGGACGAGGCCACCCGGCCCAAGGCGCGAUCCAGCUCAGACACGGCGGCGGGUGGCCGCUGA